CGCCAUCUUGGAAGCGGGCACCCACGCUGACGAUGGCGACACGACGAGUAGGGGACUGCGCGACCUGUUCCGCCCGCUUCCGUGGGGCCUCCUCCUCUCGCGAGAGGCGUGAGACGCUGAGAAGGUGGCUACAGCGAGGCCGGGAGACAGCCUGAGGACUGCUGCCUCAGGGACUGCGCGGGAAAAGCCCUGAGCUGAGGUCCAGGGACGCAAGUCUGGGACUCGUCCUACCCCGGCCUACCUCAGCUGUUGUGACUUUGGGUCUCGGUUCCUCGGAAGUUUCGGUCUCUGAGCGAAGCGGGCCGCACGCUACGAAAGCUUGGUUGUGUCUGAACCCUCAGACUGAGCUUUUAGGCUCGUCAACACUGCAGGAAUGGCAGAGUUCGGGGUCUCAGCAGGCCAGCUGGUGGCAGUGAUCUGGGAUAAGUCAGCCCCUGUGGAAGCCCUGAAAGAUCUGGUGGAUAAACUGCAAGGGUUAACUGGCAGUGAGGACCGAGUAUCUGUGGAAAACAUCAACCAGCUGCUGCAGUCUGCCCACAAGGAAUCCAGCUUCGACAUUAUUUUGUCGGGGGUAAUCCCAGGAAGCACUACUCUGCAUAGUCCUGAGGUUUUGGCAGAGAUGGCCCGGAUCCUUCGCCCUGGCGGGUGCCUUUUUCUGAAAGAACCAGUAGAGACAGCUGUAGCUAACAAUAGCAAAGUGAAGACGGCAUCUAAAUUGUGUUCAGCCCUGACUCUGUCUGGUCUUGUGGAAGUGAAAGAGCUGCAGAGGGACCCCUUGAGCCCUGAGGAGAUGCAGUCUGCCCAAGAACACCUGAGUUACAACAGCGACAGUCUGCUGUCUGUUCAGGUCACAGGCAAAAAGCCCAACUUUGAAGUGGGUUCUUCUAGUCAGCUCAAACUUUGCAUCACCAAGAAGGUAUCUCCUUCAGUGAAACCUGCUGUGGAUCCUGCUGCCGCUAAGCUCUGGACCCUCUCAGCCAAUGACAUGGAGGAUGAUAGCAUGGAUCUCAUUGACUCAGAUGAGCUGCUGGAUCCAGAAGAUUUGAAAAAGCCUGAUCCUGCUUCCCUGCGGGCUGCUUCCUGCGGAGAGGGGAAAAAGAGGAAGGCCUGCAAGAACUGCACUUGUGGCCUUGCAGAAGAACUGGAGAAGGAGAAGUCAGAGGCCCAGAAGAGCUCGCAGCCCAAGUCAGCCUGCGGAAAUUGCUACUUGGGCGAUGCAUUCCGCUGCGCCAGCUGCCCCUACCUAGGGAUGCCAGCCUUCAAGCCCGGGGAGAAGGUGCUCCUGAGCAAUAGCAACCUGCACGAUGCCUAGGAGGGCCCCUGCUGCCACGUCUGCUCCUCCGAAGCUUCUCCUGACCCUCUCCUCCUGCCUCCUGUGGACUCAUUCUCUCUGUUGGAAAUCUCUGAAAUCAUUUUUGGGGAGUCGCUUGUUGACAGAGGGAGGCUGGCUGCAGUGCAGUGGUGUUAGUGCUGCUGUCUCCCAAAAGACCAAGGCAUGGCAGAGGCUGGUUCCCCGAAGCAGCCCCUGCCUCCUCACUGAGUGUUAGGACCUCAUGAUAAAGCGCUGACCAUGCUCUCUUGAGCCCAGGUAUCCUUGAGUAUUUAUGCCCCGAAGCUCAGUGACGCUGCCAUCUACUUGCCCUUCCAAGUAGGUGGGGCAUUCAAUACACACUCUUAGUGACUUAAGUCAACUGUCUCAUGACCUCGGGUCACCAAAGGGGUCACUUGCUGGUUACUGUGAUCCCAUCCUGUGUCCCUCUGUCCUUUUCCACCCGUGUCUGUGUCUCUUGUCAUUUCUGUUCACCGACAGGUGUUACACUUGCACACUAAUAAGGGGUGUGUAGGUGCAUGUGGUGUCCAUGUAUCAUCCAUGCUCUGCCUGGACUGGGAAACGCUCUUUUUGGAGGAAUUUGGUGGCCUGAACAGUGGGGCCAGUGCUGUACAUGCAAUGAGCACCUCUUCCUCUGAGAGGAGUCCAGGUUGGGGAGAAGCAGGGAAGACUGACCCAACAGCACUCUGUGUUUUUGCUGUGCAUCCACAGACCCAGAAUGGAUCUUGCCAAAUACUUGGAGAGAUCAUGUGGGUUUAAGAGACCUGGAUUUUUGUUUCACCAAUAAAUAAGUGUUAAUUGGUA